CAGACCAAGGCCAGUACAAUGUGAAUAUGAACGCGCGGGUGACGUCACAUUCUCUUGCCAACCACGGGGACGCGUAAGAAGCGAGUGCGCUACGGACGGGAAACCGCUCCUUGGAACUGAAAAACUCAACAACAAUUUGGAAUGGCUGCGAUUUCUCCCUAAUAAACGCGUUAACGUUACAAAAAUCAAAGAACAGGAAGUCCUGUUGACAUCACCUCCUGUCUGCGGCGGCUAUGUCGUGYCGGGACAUCCACGCCACCAAUGCCUUCUCCUUCAUCAUCGCCUUCAUCUGCGUGGGCGGCAUCGCUGUGGCGGCGCUGAUCCCACAGUGGCGAGUGACACGACUUGUCACCUUCAACAAAAACGCCAAGAACAUCAGCGUCUAUGACGGCCUGUGGGCCAAGUGUGUGAAACAAGAUGGCUACUCUGGCUGCUACUACUACGACUCAGAGUGGUAUUCUAAAGUGGACCAGUUGGACCUGAGACUGCUCCAGUUCUGCCUGCCGACUGGGCUACUGUUUGGCUCCCUGGCCCUGGUGCUGUGUAUGGCAGGCAUGUCUAAGACCUGCUGCUGCUCUGAUAAGGCUGAGACAGACAUCAAGAGUACCCGCUGUCUGGUCAACAGCGCAGGCUGCCACCUAGUGGCCGGGAUGUUCCUGUUCCUGGGCGGUGCUAUCGCCCUGGCGCCCUCCGUGUGGUUCCUGUUCCGGACCAAAGAGAUGAACAUCAAGUACGACCGCAUCUUCUCAGACGGGUUCGCGGUCUACGUGGCCAUCGGCUGUUCCGGUGGCCUCAUGCUCGCCGCCCUGCUGAUGUUCAUGUGGUACUGCAUGUGUAAGAAGCUACCCUCUCCCUUCUGGCUGCCUCUACCCACACUCCCUAACUCCCUCUCCACCCAGCCCCUCACAGCCAACGGGUACCCCCCCUCCCCCGUCUACGGACCCCCUCAGACCUUCCCUCCACAGGGGUAYGUCCCCACUGUGAUGGAUGCCCAGCCCUACGCUCCCUCCCAGGGCUACCCUCAGAGCRUAGCCCCACUGGCCCAGCAGGUCUAUAUGUCCCAGAUGUCAGCCCCAGAUGGGUAUGGGUCAGAGGUGGGGCAGAACCAGGCUUACAGCUAUGCCCCGUCCCAGAGUUAUGCCCCCUCUCAGGUGGGCUACGCCCCCAGCUACGUAGGCCACCGCUACUCCACACGCUCACGCAUGUCUGGCAUAGAGAUAGACAUCCCUGUUCUAACACAAGGCCUCUGAGGGAGUGAGGGCUGCUGCAAGAACACUGAGUCCUGGUUCCAUUUAGCUGUCCUGUCUCCUGUAAAGGGUGUGUACUGUCAGUGCAAUAUAAAUGAAGGAUAUGACUGUUGGUCAGUCUGCACUAGAAAUACAACUCUGCGUCACUCAACGAAGCAGCACUGCACGGUUAGACACCGUUUAGUAUGCAGGCUCCACAUCUGGUGAAAGGACACCAGAGAUGCCCCAUAAUGAAGUCUGAAUUCACUGUUACAUUUUGAUUGAAAACAAUAUUUUCUAAUCGCACCUAUUUGUACAUCUCUUCUUAAUGUAAAUCUGCUUGAAACCUCAUAGCAUUUCUACACUGUGUAUAUUGUGUUCACUAAUAUUUCAACUGCUAAGAAAUGAACUAAACUGUACUUUAACCAUGAGGUAACUUGAUGUAGUGAGGUUAAAGGGAGUGACACUAACUGACUGUGAUGUCUUUGUUGUGCCUGUUGUUUUAAUGUGUGUUGUUCAUAUUGUUGGUCUGUGAAGAAAUACUACUGCUGUGCCUUGUUCAGAACAUUGCUUAGUUAUUCUGUGUUUGUUGUACUAAUACUGAGAAUACUGUAACAUGUUACUGUUUCUUUUGUUCUGCUAGUUUCAUACACAUGCUGAUUUUGGGUGUUGGAGAUAUAAUAUGCUGUGAGAUGACAUGGGAAUGUCCAAAUGACUCUCAUCCUAUUUACCCAUCAACAGUACAGCAGUGGCUCUAAGGCCAUGACUUUUUAUAUGUAGACAUAAAUUAGAUCAUUUUGUAUCUAAUUCACAUAUCAUGAUGYCACCGUAUAUCAAUCAAAUGUAUAAAGCCUUUUUUACAUCAGCAGAUGUCAGAAAGUGCUAUAUCAGGAAGGUAGUUGUUGACGUGUCUCCUUCGUUAAGGUGCCUGGAGAGAUGAUUGAACCAGAACACAUACUGCUCUGUGGCUCUGUCUGCUACUCAGACCAAAGCAACGUCAAAAUGAACAUCUUAUUUUAGGUACACUGCCAUCAUCUGUCGCCUGUUCUUUUUGUCAAACUGUAAGUCUACACUGAGCUGUGUAAGCAAACGUAGAGCUACUCUUGCUUCCGCUUCAUUCAUCCACUACUGGGCUCCCGAGUGGUGCAGCGGUCUAAGGCACUGCAUCUCAGUGCUAGAGGUGUCACUACAGACCCUGGUUUGAUUCCAGGCUGUAGCUCCAUGAUCGGGAGUCCCAUAGGGCGGCGCACAAUUGGCCCAGCAUUGUCCGGGGUAGGCCGUCAUUGUAAAUAAGARUGUGUUCUUAACUGACUUGCCUAGUUAAAUAAAGGUUAAAUAAACUGUCAUUGAUUUCACAUGAAGGGGGGAGGUUCACUACACUGUAACAUCACAUUGGCUGUGCUGGUUCUAAAAUGGUAGAACACUGACUGAAUGCACUGGUCUUCUUAUGAUUCUACAAUCUAGAGGAAGARGAUUCUGUGAWUUAUGUUGCAUUCUAUUCCUAAACACYAGUUUUGACCAAACUGUCCUCUAACUCGUGUGUUGACUUAAUCUUAAAUACCCUUUAAAUCAGCCGUAACGUAUCCGACAUGCUCUCUCUGUUGCAGUACUGCAUGUACAGUCUAAUGUCCUUAUCUCWAUGGAAAAUAUCUUUGUUCACCAGACCUUUUUCUCAAUAAAWUUUUUAUCUAAUUAAA